AUGACACAAGACGAUAAAGAUUUAGAUAUAUUUAAUUCAUUAACUCAAACUACCCAAGAUUCAUCGUUUUCUGACAAUGAUGAAAAAUCAUUCAUCUCUAAGCAAAUACAAGCAAACAAUAGAAAAAAGAAAAAAUCCGGUGGUUUCCAGUCAAUGGGAUUAAGUUACCCUAUAUAUAAAGCUGUAUUGAAAAAAGGAUUCAAAGUUCCAACUCCUAUACAACGCAAAACAAUUCCUUUAAUAAUGGAAGGUAACGAUGUUGUUGGUAUGGCUCGAACUGGAUCUGGGAAAACUGCUGCCUUUUUAAUUCCAAUGUUAGAAAAAUUGAAGAUACAUUCUGCAAAGCUUGCAUUACAAACACAAAAGGUCUGUAAAGAGCUUGCAAAAUACACUGAUAUUAGGGCAUGUAUUCUGGUUGGAGGUGAUAACCUGGAGGAUCAAUUUUCAAUGAUUCUCGGGAACCCUGAUGUUAUUAUUGCCACUCCAGGUCGUUUACUUCAUUUAAUUGUGGAAAUGAAUUUAGAACUUGGUGCAGUUGAAUAUAUAGUUUUUGAUGAAGCUGAUAGAUUAUUUGAAAUGGGUUUUUCUGUUCAACUACAUGAGAUUUUACAUAGGUUACCACAUACACGUCAAACAUUACUUUUCUCUGCUACUUUACCGAAAUCACUGGUAGAGUUUGCAAGAGCAGGUCUUCAAGAUCCUACUUUAGUAAGACUGGAUACUGAUACCAAGAUUAGCAGUGAUUUAGAGAUGGCAUUCUUUUCAGUAAAACAGAUAGAAAAAGAAGCAGCAUUAUUGUAUACAUUACAUGAGAUAAUUAAAGUACCAACUGAAUCCAUAUUUAAUAUAAAAAAUAAUGAUAAUAGUAAUCUGAAAAAAAAAUCAAAUAAACAAAAAAAUCAAGAAUCAAAAUCCGCAUCAAAGGAAUUACUAUUGUCAUCAUCACAUCAAACAAUAAUUUUUGUUUCAACAAAACAUCAUGUUGAAUACAUUUCGAAUCUUUUAAUUUCAGCUGGAUUCAAAACUUCAUAUAUUUAUGGUUCGCUUGAUCAAACAGCUCGAAAAAUUCAAAUAAGUAAUUUUCGUAAUGGCCAAACCAAUCUAUUAGUGGUGACUGAUGUUGCGGCCAGGGGAAUUGAUAUCCCAAUCAUAGAAAAUGUGAUCAAUUAUGAUUUUAUUAAUAGUAGUAAAGUAUUUAUUCACAGAGUCGGAAGAACUGCUAGAGCUGGCAGAAGUGGAUGGGCAUAUUCAUUAAUUACCCAUGAUGAAGUAUUUGCAGAUUAA